AAGGAGGAGGAGGAGGAGUGGUCUGCAGAGCGGAUAAAUCGUUCACAUCGCCAGGAGAACAUGAUAAUUCGCACAGUCUGAAAAUGAAGCGGUUCAUUCUGCUCUAUAUUUGGCUCGCUGUGGAUUUUCAAUCGAUUCUUUGCGUUUUACUGAAAAACGCACCAAUUCUUGGAUUUAAAAAUACACCCAGACUUCUGAGAGAAGAUUUGGCCAAUGGUGUAUUUGAAUACAAAGUAAACCAAAACCACAGUGUGCUGUUUUAUAACAAGGACUUUGAGGAGAUGUAUGUUGGGGGAAGUGACUUUGUGUUAAGAUUUGAUGUGAAUGAUCAUCAUGUUAUAGAGGAAUUUAACCUGGCAACAACUGAACAAACGUAUUGUCAAGACCACUGUGAAAAUGUCAUCACAGUCAUCGAGAAGUUUCAGGACAGUCUGUUUGUCUGUGGCACAAAUGGACACAGACCGCAGUGCUGGAAACUGUUUUCUUCAGUAAAUAACCAGUCAUAUGAAAUAGUGGAGAGCUACGAGGGGACGGGCAUCUCGCCGUACAUAUACACACAGAAUUCGCUGUCUCUCACAGUAGAGGAGGACCUUUAUGCAGUAGCACCUCUGGAGAGCGAUGGAACUUCUUUACAGUUCAGAAGGUCGGCUGGGAGGAGAACAAAUGUUUGGAUGUAUGACAAGUGGGUCUCAGAACCCACAUUCAUCUCUGCAUCUUGGGUGAAGAGGGAGGAUGAUGCCGAUAAUGAGAAAAUUUAUAUAUUUUUCCGCGAAAAGAACUCGGACCACAACCCAGAGGCGGACCCCUGGAUCUCAAGAGUGGCAAGAAUUUGUAAGGUGGAUGAAGGUGGAUCCAAACGAUUCUUUCAAAAUAUGUGGACGUCUUUUGUCAAGGCACGGCUUGUCUGUGGUUUUCCAGAGGAGUCUCUUUAUUUUAAUCGUCUCCAGGAUAUCUAUGUGAUGGAUGCUGAGGACUGGCGUAAUACGAGAGUCUACGCUCUUUUCACAAGCAGCUGGAACUCCACAGCAGUUUGCAUCUACACUGUGGGAAUGAUUGAAGAAAUAUUUGAGAAUUCCACGUUUAAGGGCUAUGACAAAGAGAUUCCCAAACCACGUCCAGGAACAUGUGUAAAGAACAGCAAGAGCCUGCCACUGGCCACGAUCAAUAUGGUGAAGGAUUACUCUGAAAUGACCGACUGGGUGCAUUCUGUGCAUUAUAAAGCUCCAUUUUAUUUAAGCAGCAACAACUAUACAAAGAUAGCCGUGGACCGUGUCCAAGCGGCGAACAACCAGAUGUAUAAUGUUCUGUUUCUGGCCACCGAUUCUGGGAGGAUCCAUAAAGUCUUAGAGGCUGGCUCUGAACCUUUCAUCAUCUCUGAAACACAACUCUCCAACCGCUCAGCCAUACAAUCAAUGAAACUUGACGCCAACAAGAAAAAGUUAGUUGUGGGGUUUCCCGAAAAAAUUUCUGCCGUGGACCUCCAGAAAUGUGAACAGUACAACAAAUCCUGUGCCGAGUGUGUUUUGGCUCGAGACCCAUACUGUGCCUGGACCACGUCAGGAUGUUCUCCAACUGUUCCUGGGGGAAUUCAGAAUUUAAUGACUGGAGAAUCAAGUGUGUGUCCUACACCAGAACAAGAGCAAAAGCAAGUAAACCGAAGCAAACGGGAAACAGCUUCUCCAUCUCCAUCAAGUUCAGUGACAGUUCAUUCAGUCCCAUUGGGUGUCCCAUUCUACCUGUCAUGUCCCAUUGACUCUUACCAUGCAGACUACACCUGGGAGCAUGGAGGCCAGAGCAGCCCCUGUCUGCAAAUGCAGUCAAACUGCCUCCACCUCAUUCCUGCCAUGGCACAAGAGAACUACGGCAGCUACAGUUGUGUUUCCAAGGAAAAAGACUACAUCAAAGUGGUGCAAAGAUAUCACCUUGCAGCACAAGUAAUACAAGAGACAAAACAAAGACAAGAUGUAGUAAGCACAUAUGUUCCAGAGAGAAGUGAUGUGCAGGUUAUUGUGCCACAGGUAUUAUGGACCACUCUGGGACUGACCAUAGCAGUACUCUCCUAACAGUCUUAAAAAAUGACUAUGCAAACUUCACAUUCUUUUCUUUAUGUUGCUCAGAACAGAAAGAAGUAUGUAACAUUAGCAUUUUCAGUCCUUUGUCCUUGCUGCUGCUGAGUCCAGGAUGCAGGCCUUACCCAGGGAAAUCCCCCGGAACAAAAAAAUCAAAUGUGCACCAAGAACAAUUGACAAUUCCAGCAUGAACUGAAAGCAUGGUGGGAGUGAAAGUGGGCACAUAGUGGUAUUUGGCAGAAAACAUAGCUUUUCAGGAAAUGCUGCAGCCAAGUGUAGUUUCAGAAAAGAGCCAGAACAGGAAGACAUUUGAGUGAUGGAGAAGGAGAAGCAGUCAGCAGCAGGACAAAACCUGACGAACACCAAAAAGCCCAUUGGUGCCUAAUGUGUGUUUACACAAGCUAUUCAGGCAGUGAUCUUCACUCUGCAUGAAGAACUUAAGCAUUUUAUUGGGUGAAAACCUGUCUUUCUUAAAUCUAAUCAAGGUAGAAGAGGUGGAAGAAUGAAUCUGAAGACAGAUCUUUCAGGUGUUGUUGCAGAGUUUCCAGAGAGACUGGUGUACGGUGCACAAUAAGUGGAGGUGGGUUUGUUUUAGAAUGUGGCACUAAAGUAUGCGCAUGUUAAACUCUUCAGUUAAAUUAGACUUCCCUGCACUGAUGACAGAUUAUUUGUUGCAGAGUGCUUAGGAAAUGGUCAAGGCACACAACGACUCCACUGGUUCUUUUGUUCAGUUCAACCCUCACUAUCAUAAUCAGAGACGCGGUGGUCAGAGAGGCUUUUGGGAAAUGUGCAAUUAAAAUGUAAUGCUGACCAAAUCUGUUAGCUAUCUGCAAAAUACAUAAACCCUUACUUCAAUCCCAUUAUUCCACAAAAAUGUAUUUUAUUCCACUCUAAGAGAUGUCAGCAAUAGACCAACUACUUUAUGUAGUAGUUUCACUGAUGUACAUAGAUCAGCUUUGUUUAUUUACAUAGAUAAUGAAGUUUUGUAUGAAAGUUUUUAUCUAUUAAUUGAAUGUUUAUUAAAGCAAUGCUAUGUAACUUUUGACAAUUACAGGAUGAUUUUAAAUUUUAACCCAUUCGUGCAGAAAAGGUUAAUCAGUCAUAAAGUCACUGAUUUGAUUAAUUAAUGCCUAUUAUACAGUAAAUUUAACAUUUGCUAAAAUUUAGUAACCAAAUGCUACUGGUCAAACUGAAUAGGGGAUGUUUACGGCUUAUCAGACUCUUUAGAACAGAGAAAAGUAUCUUCUUUGAAAAGUUAUAUACCUUUGUUUUAUUUUAAACAACACAUUUUUUACAAUGUUAAAGUACAGAGCUAAAUAUAUUUAUUAUUUAAAUAUCAUUUUGGUACAUUUUUUGUUUGUUUCUGUAAUCUAAUGUUGAAAUAAUAUUUUUAUAACUGUAAAUGUAGGAUUAAUAUGAAGAUUAAACAUGAUCCAAAAAAAAAAGUUCCUCUGUUCAAAAUGAAACCUUUCCAAACCUCUCCCUCAUUUCCUCUGGAGUUUCAAACUGAGCUUUUAAAGUAAGGUAUUCUUUCAACUCGAGGCUGGUUUGUUUGUGUCUCAGUAGUAGGUCAUUCCUUUAUCAAAUACACAGUGAGCUGUGUGAGUCCAGCUCAGAGCACAGACAGAGGCUUUAAGGAUCUUUUAUUUAAUCUGUCUUACUCCUGAUCCUAAAGUCUCACAACUAAUGAUGAUGAUCACCACCACAGGCUAAGUACAUCUUAUUUACUCAAGGAAAUGAAGGCACGUCACGUCCACGCUGCAUCUCGUCCUCCUCUGUACUUGGAUCAGGCUGCAAACUGUCCACUGCCUGUUUGAUAAAGGUGUGCCAGACCACUGAGAAGAAUAUCUUGGCCUGAAAUGUAUGAAAAAGGACAUUUCUAAAGGGUGUGAAUGUGUCUUCCUGCUGGUUCAGUAAUGUCACUACACUGAGUACAUCUUGUUUACGCAAGGAAAUGAAGGCACAGCACAUUUAUACUUUAUCACCUUUUGCCAUCAGUGCAACUCCAUUUGGGAUCCUUUGAAGAUUCUCUUUGAGAUUAACUUGUCCCAAAGUUCCAUUAAAAUUCCUGUGAAUGCCUGUGGUUUAACCCUGAACCACAGCUGGACACUGAGAUGUUUCAUACAGUAUGUUAAAAACUGCUAAACUGAUCCAACCCAAUGAGUGUGUGUGUUAAUGAAGUGAGAACAUCGUAAACAACAAAAAUAUAAUGGAUCACAAUACUGAGACCGUUGGGUGGAGGGUUGGGUGGGUUGUGUGGAUUGCCAAGCAUCCACAGUGGCUGGAAAGCUAUUGCAUAACAGUGACUUAACAUGAUAUUAUUGGGUGUAUGAAGUGACAUACUCUUUCCAUCCACAGACCCCACCUAACACCUCAUUGUUUUCUCUGUUUUCUUCUAUAGCUGCAACAGAGACUCUAGAUCAGUGAGAGCAAAGUGGCUCUGUAUGCCAUGUUUGUUUUUCCCUGCUGCGUAGAGCACAUUUCAGUUACCAGGUAACGCACCGCCUUGUUACCUGCUGUUGGUUCACUUUAAUGAAGCUCACGGAGGCUCUGGUUUAAGCCGGAACUGGCACAACACUUGACCUAGAAGCCCUGUUCCUGCUGGGAUGGUGUCAGACCGGUUACUGUAAACUGUUGAGAAGCUUAUAGUUAAAGUAGUCUGGGUUAUUUUAUACUUAUGAGGUCCGAAACUUCUCUGUGUUUGCUUCAAGAUUGAAUUAUACCAAGACUGUUACAACCACCUUGAUGUGAUGAGAUUGCAGGUAUUUACUGUAGAUCUACGUUUAUAUCAGUUUCUUCUUGUCCUUACUGCAGCUGGACUAAAUCUGAGCGGCGCCACAGUGCAGUUCUUCAGUGAGAUAUGGUGGCCAUGAGCUACUCCUCUGAUAAAGCUCUGAGCUCAAAUAAGCCUUGAUCCCCUGAGGACGUGGAUCAUAUUUUUCCUGUUGUGCUUUUUACAGGAAAGCCUAACUAGGUUGGAGCCAAAACAAAGGAAACAGUGAAAAAAACAUGCUAAAUUAAUGUUUUGAUUUGUUUUUUCAAAUGAAAGUCAUGGUUCAUGGGUGGGACCACACCCUGAGAAUUCACAACAGCUAGUUCUAAUAAUAAAACAUGGGUAUAAUUUGCAGUGUACACUGUAAAAACUGUACAAUAAAUAAAUAAAAGCAA